AUGAUCCGCUUCGACAACAUCACCCCCGAGGUCAUGCAGGCUAUGUGCACCCCCAUGCACUGCAUCGUCCCCGCAUCGGCCGCCGCACGCACAGGUGCACUCUACCUCGGCUCGUUCGCUGCCAUCCUCGACCAGCAGCUCCUCGACGCCAACCACAUCACCGCGCUCGUCCACGUCCUUGAUGCCCCCUGGGUCCCCGAGGCCGCCCCCGGGUCGCAGAUCGAGUCGUACCGGCUCGACAUCCUCGACAGCACGACCGCCGACAUCCGGCCGCAUCUCGAGGCCACUGUGCGCUGGAUCGACGACCGCCUUCGCAAGGGCACCAAUGUGCUCGUUCACUGCCAGCAGGGCAUGUCCAGAUCAGCAGCGAUCGUGAUUGCGUACCUCAUCUACACCCAAAAUAUGACCUACGACGCCGCAUUCGACUUUGUCCGUCGCAAGCGUGCGUGCAUCAAGCCUAACGCCGGCUUUGUCAAAGCACUUCAGGAGUGGGAGAAGAAGUGGCGCAGCACCCAGCCUCGCCCAACCGUGCGCCGAGCCGCCACCACUCCGCGAUGA